AUGUCAGGCGCCAUAUUCGACGACCCGAACCUCGACAAGGCCCACCUCGUCGAUCUCGACGACGAAUCACCGUACCCCGAGGUGCGGUCCGCCGUCGCCAACACGGACGACCCGACCAUGCCCGUGUCGACGCUGCGCACCUGGGUCAUCGGCCUCAUCUGGGCGAUCCUCAUCCCUGGGCUGAACCAGUUCUUCUUCUUCCGGUUCCCAUCCGUGAACAUUGGCGGUAUCGUGGCGCAGCUGUUGAGUUUCCCCAUCGGUCGUGCGUGGGCCGCCUACGUUCCCGCGUGGCGCAUUUUUGGGACGUCGCUCAAUCCUGGGCCUUUCUCGGUGAAGGAACAUGUCCUUAUCACGAUCAUGGCAUCCGUCGGUUCUGGUUCUGCGUAUGCGACGGAUAUCAUAGCCGUUCAGCGGGUUUAUUAUAACCAGCAAUACAACUUUAUUUACCAGUGGAUGGUGGUAAUGUCCACCCAGCUGAUCGGUUUCUCCAUUGGAGGCAUCGCAAGGAGGUUCCUUGUCUCCCCACCGUCCAUGAUCUGGCCCGCGAAUCUGGUCAGCUGCGCACUCUUCAAUACGCUGCAUUCGCAGCAGUAUGCAGGUAUCGGCAACCGUGGAGGCAUCAGCCGUGAGAGGUUCUUCGUGUUCGGCUUCCUUGCGUCGUUUUCCUGGUAUUUCAUCCCCGGGUACCUCUUCCAGGCACUGUCGUUCUUUUCCUGGGUUACCUGGAUUCGACCAGAAGAUACCACUAUCUCUCAGUUGUUUGGAUACGUCCAUGGUUUGGGCAUGUCGGUCGUCACGUUUGAUUGGAGUCAGAUCGCCUACAUCGGAUCUCCUCUUGCGACGCCAUGGUGGGCUGAAGCCAACAUAUUUGGCGGUUUCAUCUUGUUCUUCUGGAUCAUCACGCCUAUUAUCUACUUUACGAACACGUGGUUCAGCGCCUUCAUGCCGAUCUCUUCACGAACAUCAUACGAUAAUCAGUUAAACACAUACAACGUCUCGCGUAUUCUCAACGCCGACUCCACCAUCAACCUUGAGGCCUAUCAUGCGUAUAGCCCUCUGUUCCUCUCCACGACAUUUGCGAUGUCAUAUGGGCUUUCGUUCGCCUCGAUCACCGCAACCCUCAUGCACGCCUUGCUCUACUUCCGGAAGCAGAUCUGGGUGCAAUCGCGUCGCUCGCUCAGCGAGCAACCCGAUGUCCACGCUCGACUCAUGUCGCGAUAUCCUCAAGUUCCUGAAUGGUGGUAUCUUAUCGUCUUUUUGUCCAUGUUCGUCUUUGGUAUUAUUAGUAUCGAGGCGUGGCCCACUGAGAUGCCAGUAUGGGCCUUCGUGCUUGCCCUCGUUAUCGCGUUUACCUACGUGAUUCCGGUCGGUAUGAUUCAGGCCAUCACAAACCAGCAAAUUGGGUUGAACGUCAUUACCGAGCUGAUCAUAGGCUAUGCUCUUCCUGGCCGUCCCAUCGCUAUGAUGAUGUUCAAGACGUGGGGAUACAUCACAAUGGCGCAAGCCUUGACUUUUGCCUCAGAUUUCAAACUCGGUCACUACAUGAAGAUAUCGCCCAAACCGAUGUUCUGGUCUCAAGUGGUCGCGACAAUAAUUGCUGGCACCGUCCAACUGGGGGUUCAGGCAUGGAUGUUCACUAAUAUCCCGGACAUGUGUUCACCGGAGCAAAAAGAUGGAUUUAUAUGUCCCAGUACUGAGGUGUUUGGAACAGCGUCCAUUAUCUGGGGUGUCAUUGGCCCAGCCCUUCAAUUCUCCAAGGGCCAGACUUACUAUCCGCUCCUGUAUUUCUUCCUGGUCGGCGCCAUCGCGCCAGCUAUCCCGUGGGUCAUCACAAAGAAGUGGCCGAACAGUAUUCUUAAAUAUAUCAACCCGGUGAUCUUCAACGGCACUGGCCUAAUCCCUCCUGCCACUGCGAUCAACUACGUGCCUUGGGCCAUCGUUGGAUUCAUAUUCCAAUAUGUCAUUAGGAAGCGCCAUUUCUCUUGGUGGACGAAGUAUAACUACGUGUUAUCCGCGGCAUUGGAUUCUGGCCUCGCCGUAUCCAUCCUCGUGAUAUUUUUCACUCUCGAAUUCCCCAAGAACGGAACGAUUGGCUUGACCAACAUCCAGAGCUGGUGGGGUAAUACAGUCCCGUUUACUGGUGCGGACAACCUCGGGACGCCAGUACAGCAGCUCGCGCCUGGACAAACCUUCGGGUAA